UCAUUUCGAGACCAAAAAAAAUAAAAAUAAAGUUGAUUUUUGAUUUCCGAAAACCUUGAAAAUCAUUUUUGUUACAACGGUUUUUCCAAUCUAUAUUAAACCCUCUCCGUCUGAUUUCCAACCUUAUCUUAGGGUUUUCUGUUUCUUCAUCAUUUCUGUCAACCCAAUUUAUAUACAUGAAGGAUUUGAAUUCCGAUCUCUUUGACCCCGUCACGGUGAUGGAAUCCGAAUGGGCCCACGGUGGUUCUAACUCCGACGCCGAUUUCGGUUUCGCUUUCAAUGAUAGUAAUUUCUCCGAUAGGAUUCUUCGGAUCGAGAUCAUGGCUGACCCCGUUGAUCCUCAGCCGGAUUCCGAGACUUGUACCACCAUCGCCGAUUGGGCCAGACACCGUAAGAGGAGACGCGAGGAUAUCAAAAAAGAUAACGUUGGAGAUCUGCCGGAUGAGCAAAUUUUGAAUGGGAACCAACCUGAUAUGGAUGAUUGUGUUGCUUCGGAAAAUCAAGAUGAAGAGGUUGUUGCGAUGGUUGAAGAAUCCCCUUCUGGUGAUGAAGCUGUAAAUAGCAAUGAUGAUUUAAACCUGGGAAUGGAUUACGCCGAACCUGCGGUUGUUAGAUUUAAAACCCUACAUAUCAGUUCUCCUAUCUUGGCCGCAAAAAGCCCUUUUUUCUACAAGCUUUUCUCGAAUGGGAUGAGAGAAUCAGAGCUUAGACAUGUCACCCUCAGAAUUAAUGCCUCUGAAGAAGCUGCUCUGAUGGAACUACUGAAUUUUAUGUAUAGUAAUACCUUGAGCAUUAAAACUGCACCUGGUUUGCUUGACGUGUUGAUGGCCGCUGACAAAUUUGAAGUUGCUUCAUGCAUGCGAUAUUGUAGCCGGUUAUUGCGUAAUAUUGCCAUGACUCCUGAAUCUGCAUUGCUUUACUUGGAGCUUCCUUCUAGUGUCCUAAUGGCUGAGGCAGUUCAACCAUUAACUGAUGCUGCAAAGCAGUAUCUUGCUAGCAGAUACAAGGAUAUAACCAAGUUCCAGGAAGAGGUUAUGAACUUGCCCCUAGUUGGAGUAGAGGCAAUAUUAUCUAGUGAUGAUCUCCAGGUUGCGUCAGAAGAUGCUGUUUAUGACUUUGUGUUGAAGUGGGCUAGACAACAGUAUAGCAAUGUGGAAGAAAGACGAAUAGUCCUAGGCUCACGGCUUGCGAGACUAAUUCGCUUCCCUUAUAUGACCUGCCGAAAGCUUAAGAAGGUCUUAACCUGUAGUGACUUUGAACAUGAUGUUUCAUCCAAGCUUGUACUUGAGGCCCUAUUUUUCAAGGCAGAGGUUCCACAUCGCCAACGGUCGCUGGCAGCAGAAGAGCCAACUUGCUCAAGCCGUCGUUUCUUAGAGAGGGCAUACAAAUAUCGUCCUGUCAAGGUGGUUGAAUUUGAACUUCCUCGCCAGCAGUGUGUGGUGUACUUGGAUCUAAAGCGCGACGAGUGUAACAACUUGUUCCCAUCUGGCCGGGUUUAUUCUCAGGCAUUUCACUUGGGUGGACAAGGGUUUUUUCUAUCAGCACAUUGUAACAUGGAUCAACAAAGCUCUUUCCAUUGUUUUGGACUGUUUUUAGGAAUGCAGGAAAAGGGUUCCGUGAGCUUCACUGUGGACUAUGAAUUUGCGGCAAGGUCAAGACCUACAGAGGAAUUCGUCAGCAAAUACAAAGGCAAUUACACAUUCACAGGUGGCAAGGCCGUCGGCUACAGAAACUUGUUUGCAAUUCCAUGGACUUCAUUCAUGGCCGAGGAUUGUCUUUACUUCAUCAACGGUGUUCUACAUCUCAGGGCCGAGCUCACCAUCAGACACUGACACGGUUUCCAGUUUGUAAACUCUUUAUUCUGGUUGGUAGCUCUGUCAAAUACUUAUCUGUUGUAAUAUUGUUCUUUAAUUAAUAUUCUGUAAUAUUAUGUUUACCUCUUCUAAUGAUGUUAUGUUAGUUAACCUUCAAAAUCUAGGCAAUGGGCACUAGGUGUCUAGUGUUACAUGAGAUUGAAAAGAUAAUUAGGACUAUGAUUUAUUAUGGUAAUUAAUGCUUAGACACGUUGUGCACA